AGCUCCUGCCGCUAUGCUCAGAAGCGGUAAGGAGGAGAGCAGAGGGGACUUGGCCUGACGGAUUGCCAAGGACUGGCCCUGCUAAGCGGGGAAUCGCCUUAACCAGACGAGAAGGUGCAGAGACGAGAAUAAAGACGGGGACAACUCAGACGACUGGGGAAGGAGUGAGACGAGAAAGCAAGGCCUUUAAGCCGGGCGGGACUUAGGGUGGAGGGGGAGGGGUGGGGUGGGGAGGGAAGCCGGAAGCCGGGAACUACAAGUCCCAGAAGGCGUAGCGGCUAAGUCCUGGAUGCCGUGGCGUGAAGCUUGAUGGGACUGGUGGUUUUGCGAAGGACUUAACCUAGAGGUUUGCGAGGUUGGACAUUCUGAGACCCGCGGCGCCCGGAGCGGGAGACAUGGAACUGGAGCAGAGAGAGGGGACCAUGGCAGCUGUGGGCUUUGAAGAGUUCUCAGCGCCGCCAGGCUCGGAGUUGGCACUGCCUCCGCUGUUCGGUGGUCACAUCUUGGAGAGCGAGCUGGAGACGGAAGUGGAGUUCGUCUCUGGAGGUCUGGGUGGCUCGGGGCUCCGGGAGCGAGAUGAAGAAGAGGAGGCCGCCCGCGGCCAGCGGCGGCGCCAGCGGGAACUAAAUCGUAGGAAGUACCAGGCGCUAGGGCGGCGCUGCCGGGAGAUCGAGCAGGUGAAUGAGCGGGUCCUGAACAGGCUCCAUCAGGUGCAAAGGAUAACACGGAGACUUCAGCAGGAGCGGAGGUUCCUCAUGAGAGUGCUGGACACUUACGGUGACGAUUACCGCACCAGCCAGCUCACCAUCGUCCUGGAGGACGAGGGCAGCCAGGGCACAGAUGCUCCCACCCCCGGCAACGCCGAGAACGAGCCUCCAGAGAAAGAGGGGCUGUCCCCGCCCCGAAGGAUGCCUGCACCCCCAGAGCCCAGCAGCCCGACCCCAGCUGAAGGGCCCAGCGGACGCAAGAGGCGGCGAGCACCCCGGGACGGACGCCGAGCGGGAGCUGUGCUGACUCCAGAGCUGGCCCCGGUGCAGAUUAAGGUCGAGGAAGACUUUGGCUUUGAAGCAGAUGAGGCCCUGGACUCCAGUUGGGUUUCUCGGGGGCCAGACAGACUGCUGCCCUACCCCACCCUAGCCAGCCCCCCCUUUGACUGACCCCCACCCCCAAUAAACUGACCCCCAGA